GGGGACAAAGGAUUUCCUGAGUCUGUCUGUGGAGCACUUGGGGAGCAGCAGCCUGUCGCCAUAUGAGCUCCUCUGUUUGGUGAUGACGGCGUGCAGAGGAUGGCUGGCGUUGUCCAGUAUGGCCAGCAGUCUGUUCAGCGUUCUUUCCUUUGCCACCGUCACCAGAGAGUCGAGCUCUGUGGCGACCACAGAGCCGUCCCGCCUGAUCAGCUUGUCCAGCCUCGAGCUCGUGUGCAGACAACAAAAACAAUGACCAAGGCAGAAAACUCACAUUCAGAAAUGGCCGGUGUUCGUCCGAGUGAUGGCAUCAAUGUAAUCUUUGACCAGGACAGCCCUGCCUCAUCUCGAUCACCUUCCAGGGGCAGCCGUGGUAGUAAACCCUCCGUUGGCUCUGUCCGCCACAGGGGACGCGGCAGCCACAAAGGACGUAAGAGGUCUUCAUCUUCGUCCCGCAGCAGGUCCUCCUCUCCCACCAGGUCCCGCUCUCACCCCCGUUGCCACAGACCUUCCUCCCGCUGUCGGUGUGACAACCAUCGCAGAUAUGGCCGUGGCCGCCAAUCCCCACCACGGCGCCACAGGUCCCGCUCCAGGUCUUCCGACCGUGUGAGCAGGCACAGGAGGGCUGUGAGCAGGUAUUCCCAGUCCCCACCCACAACCCACGGAAGCGGCUCAAAGUCCGGAUCUUCAGGGCAAUCUGUCAACUUGAGUUUGGAUGAUAAACGUGAACUACUCAAAGCUGCAGAGGCCAAUGCUACGAGGAUCCUAGGAGUGGAGAAGCUGGAACUUCCUGAAGGUGUGAAACCAAUCCUGUCAGAGCAGUCGGUUGAGUCCGAACAGGUUUCGCCAGACACAUGGGUGAGACAAGACCCUGAAGAGACUCUGUCACAGAAUCCUUCACUCGCUGAUGGAGCACAGGCGUGUGGACUGCGUUAUAGUGACUAUCCCUGUCAAGAGAGCUAAAAACGAACUGACGAAGAACUCCUCUCCGUAUGCCAAAGAUAAGUGGUUCACCAGCCGUGUGCUGAGGGCUGGGAAACCUACGUCACCAUCAUGCUGCCACUGUAGACAGAGAAGACAUCCUUUUUUUUACUCUGAUAUUUUUUUAUUUUAUUUAUUCUGUUUCAAUAUCUUUCUUUGGUAGGAUUCAUUUAAUGGUUGAGCCUUUGACAGCAGUGGGAUGGGAGGGGUGUUAAGUGUUGAAAAUAAAUAUUAGCAAUGGGAACUAUAAUCCAUCUAUAUGAACCUUACAAGCUGUUAAAGCUCACUCUACUGUCAGUUGUACACGCAUAUCUAACUAGGUCGUUUUUUUUUGUCUUUUUGAAACAGAGCAGUGAUGAGGAGUCUGAUGAUGAUCUGUCCAGCCCAAAGAUGUCCCCAAAAAGGAAAACAAUCUCUUU